AUGGCGCAGCCUCGCGAAUCAGGACGCGACACCCCAUUGGCCACAGAUUUCGAAGCAUGGUAUUUCAGCCAGCUACCAGCAAACGUCGUUACCCAAGUGUCAGGUGGAUUCUCUUCUACCCUGGAGGCAAGCUAUGUCAAUACCACCGCUCAAAUCGUUUCGGAGCACCCUUCUGGCACUUACCCACGGACACGCGCGCAGGAAAACAAUGUCGAUAUCUUAAGCUCUCUUGAUCCCCAAUCAGUCUUCUGGCCCCUCGCGAUAGGCGAGAAGAGGCCCGGCACAACACGCGUCUCAGAAGCACGGAGCGAGGUGUUGGAGCAUUACGUCCCGGUCGUCAAUGCCCAGCCGUCAGGAUAUGGCAACUCGUACUUCCGCCCCGAUAUCGAUACCUUGUUCGUCAUCAAUCACUCGUGCGGGUUGUCACAUUUCGAAGACGUCAAUCCUGUUGUUCUUGGAGCUCUUCGACACUUGGCAAUGAAUAUGGAGCAUGUGGAAAGACACAAGCCGAAGGCCGACUGCUGGACCACUUAUUUCAAUACUUUCAGUAGUCUCGAGAGUGUUGAAUUGAUAAUUGGACCCAAGAUCUACGACUGUUUAACUCCAAGUAACGACCCCACCAGCCAUGUUAAGUCAGUCAGGUACUUCAAGAAACCAGUCUCGGAGUGGCCAGAACAGGUGGUUAUGCUUGGAAACAAUCGGUACAUGGCUUUGGUGACAGAAGGUUAUCGUGCUUUUGGAUGUCGCAUGGAUAUGCAGCAGCAUCGACGUGGCUGGAGAGUACUGGUGAAAGCAGUGCAAAUUCACGCUGUCAAUAACCCUGCCUGGAUGCCUCCUCAGGUGGAUAUCAAAGGCGUUAAGUUGCUUUGA